AUGGCGAACUCUCAGCUCAAGCUCUUUGGUUUCAACAUCUCAGAACACCACAACUCAGUUUCCAACUUUACAGAGCCGCCGCCGGCGGAGUUGCCGGAAUCUCGAUAUCCCCAUGCCCCGAAGUUCGAGUGCCAAUAUUGUUGCAGAGGAUUUUCCAAUUCGCAAGCUUUGGGUGGCCAUCAAAACGCCCACAGAGAAGAAAGGCGGCUUUUGAAGAGGGCUCAAAUAAAAUCUUGUCAUCUUAAUUACUUCACGCCUCUGCACGUACGGAACUGGCUCUCGUCGUCCUUUGUGCCGCAGCCACCGAGUACUCCACUGCAGGCGGCGGGGCUUCACGCUAUGUCACGGCCGCCGCUGUCGCAAGAUGUUUGGCGGCAGGCUGGAGUUAUUACUGGGGCGGUCGGAGGUGUAGGAGAUGAAGCUGUUCCCGGUAGGGGUUUGGGCCUGGAUUUACAACUUAGUCUUGGGCCUAGUAAGCCUUGA